AGCUGCUGAAGAGACACACCUGCACUGACCUUGGAGAACUGCGCCACUACCUUGGCUUGCAGAUCUCCAGGGACAGAGCAGCCCGCACCAUCACUUUGACUCCGUCACACUUGGUGCGCCAGGUCCUUCAGAGGUUCGGCCUUCAGUUCUCCUCUGCACAGCCUACUCCUCUGCCUCUAGACCACAGGCUCUCCGCUCCUGUUCCUGAGGAGUGAGCAGAGCCCAGUGGUCCUUACGCAGAGCUGGUGGGUUGCCUCAUAUACCUGAUGACUUGCACGCGCCCAGAUCUCGCAUACCCUCUCAGCAUCCUGGCUCGCUUUGUGGCAACAGGCAGACACCGACCUCAGCACUGGUCUGCCGCUAAGAGGGUUUUGCGUUAUCUUGCAAGUACAUCGGGCAUGGGGUUAGUGCUAGGAGUACGUAGGCCAGUGGUCCUUACUGGACACACAGACGCUUCUUGGGCAGACGACGCCGAGACCCUUAGGUCCUCACAGGGCUACUGUUUCAGCCUUGGUUCAGGUGCCGUCUCGUGGAGAGCUACCCGCUCCUCGUCUGUUGCCCAGUCCAGCUGUGAGGCCGAGAUCUACGCCGGUGCCAUGGCGGCACAGGAGCUGCGCUGGCUGACCUUGCUCACUGACUUAGGUGAGCGGCCUAGCUCUGCCCCGGUCCUGUACGUUGACAACAGGGCCAUGAUCCUCCUGUGUCAGGAGCCUCGACUCGAGGGCAGAGCGAAGCACAUUCAGCUGCAGUACUUCCUCGUACGUGAGCUGCAGCAGCGUCGCCAGGCGCACGUAGUACACUUGGCCUCCGGUGCCAACACAGCUGAUAUCUUUACGAAGGCGCUUGCGCCUCAAGAUCAUCAGCGACACUAUGUACAGCUCGGUCUCGUUCCUGUAGCCUCUCACUUGCUAGGGCCUUGACUUUGUACUGUCCUUUAUAUAUAUAUUUUACCCAGACUUGCCUUGUGGC